AUGAUGGCCCCCAACAACGCAGGCUACGCCUCCUAUGCUCCGCCCUACGGCCAUCAGGGCGGAAACGCCCCACAGGCAUAUGGAGAGCAGUGGAAUGGGGAGCCGUGGCAGGACUACGGCGAGGAUGUGCAGGCCUACAGCGAGAUGGACUGGCACGACCAGCGCCAGGCGCAGUGGAUGCAGCACAUCGAGAGCCAGUACUUCAGCAGGUGGACCAUCGACAAGCAAGACGAGUGGCAAGCUUAUCAAUCCAAGUUUGAUGCCGCGCAGGGUCCACAAGAGAUUCUCAAGGAGAGUCCUGUCCCUGACGCUUCACGGUGGACUUCUGGUCCUCAAGAUGCACAGACUGCCCAGGAGUAUCGGCGGCAGCACGAGAUGAAGGUGAUCAGCACAUUCAGCGGCAAUGUGCCGACUCCAAUUCGGGACUUCACUGCUGCCGCCUUGCCGGCCAAAGUCUUGCAGGAGAUCCAGGAAGCGAAGUUCCAGCAGCCCACGCCGAUUCAGGCGCAGUGCUGGCCCAUCCUCAGUGCUGGUCAUGACCUAAUUGGCAUCGCCAAGAGUGGGAGUGGCAAGACCCUCGCGUUCCUGGGCCCAGGCUUUGCGCAGAUCCUCCGCAGCAGCGCCGAUGUACAUAAAGGGCCCAUGGCUCCCACAUGUCCUCCAAGUGUCAGUCGUUCCUGGAUGUCUCUGGGUCCCGGAACCCCAAAGCCGUAG